AUGGCUGAUGAAAGGAGAGUACAUCCUGAUUGUAUAAAUGCCUCGAAUCCUUACCACGAAUGUGUCGAAUAUUGCUUUUUAAAAAUUGCUGAAGCUAAAGCGCGUGCGGAGAUUAAAGAAACAGAAGUUGUGCAAGCUCAAAGUGGAAGUGGUCGAUUCAGUUCACAAGCUCCUGAGCAAGGUGAAGAGUUUGAUGUAGAAAGACCAGAUCAUGAACAACAUUCUGAAGAUGAUGACAAUGCUGACAACCAUGCUGUCGAGGAUAAUAUGGUGGGAGAUGUUACACAACUUACUGGGAGAAAGAAAAAGUUGUUUGAGUUGAGACUUAGGAUGAAUGAGGCUAGAAAAGCCAAUCAGCAAAAGAUAGGCAAGCUUCUAGAUGCAAACGACUUGGACAUGACAAAGGCAUACAUGCUGGACACACAAGACGCAGCAGAGGCAAAAUACAAGAAAUGGGAGAAGGAUCCUGCUCCAUAUGGUUGGGACGUUUUCAAUCAGAAGACGCUAUACAAUGCACAUAAAAAACGGACCAGGAAUAUUGAUGUUGACCUAGAAGAAUAUAACAAAAUGAAAGAAGCUGAUCCUGAGUUCUACCGUCAAGCCUCAAGCCUUCAAUAUGGAAAGGCACCUAAGGCCUCUGAGGACAAAGUUGAAAGGAUGGUAAAGGAACUCACGGACCGAGACGAGAAGCGGAAGUCAUUUAGCCGAAGGAGGAGGUUUCGUGAUGAGAAGGAUAUUGACUCGAUCAAUGACCGUAAUGAACAUUUCAACAAGAAGAUUGAGCGUGCCUUUGGUAAAUACACACUGGAGAUCAAGAAUAAUCUUGAGCGAGGAACUGCAUUGCCUGACUAA